AUGGAAACUGAAUCUUCUAAGAGCGCACAACCAUACAUCCUCCCUAAAAAAGAAGAGCCUAAAGAAUUUGAACUUGAUAUAGAUGUUGUUGACCCACAUAAUGGAUAUCCUAUUACACAAAUUGAUUGUUCGCCUAAGAUGAAGUAUGUUGCUACAUUAAGCGAAUUUGAUAAAUCCGUGGUCUUGUGGUCUAUCGAUUCGAAAAGUCAAAGUUUGCAAUAUGAAAAUACAAAAUUAAUCAUAAAUAUCGAUGUUGGACCGGAAACUUCAACGACAUUUACAGUUUCAGAUAAUGGAUUUGUUGCAAUGAAACUUCGUAGUUCAAAUCCUUAUAAUUUUGGAAUUUACAACCUCAGAACAAAAACAACCGAAAAAUCUCCUCUGCAUUUCCCUUAUUUACACAAGAAUAUUAGUCAUUUAUCCUUUAUUAAUAAUGGAAAUCUUGUGACGAUCAGCACUAACGAACACAAAGCAUGCAUCCUUUAUCCAAAAGAAAAAGAUAAUCGCGUCAAAUGGAUUUUCAAAUCAAUGAUUGAACUGAAAAAUAUUAGCGCUUCAGAUAAAAUAUUCAUAACUCCCAAAGGGAAAUUAAUCUUUUUAAAAAAAGAGACUUACGAGAUCACGAUAUGGAAUUUAGAACCUUUAUCGAUUGAAGCACAAAUUUUGUUGGAUUGGAAUUUAAAUUUCGAGUGCGUUGGGUUAAGUGACGAUGAAGAAUUAUUAGGAAUAUCUGCAAGUUCCGAAUUACACGUAACGUAUCUAUACAUUUUUUCUACAACAACCGGAAUGAAUUUAUCAAAAUGCACUUAUAGAGAAUCAGUAAUGAUUGAUGGAAUCCAUUUUAUUGCUUCUGAUUUUGGUGAACGUAUACUUAUCACAUCGCAUGUGCAUGAUAGCUUAGAAAGGGUUAAAAUGGAUCUUAAUGUUCAUAUAUUUCACAAUGAAAACUUGAAUUUCGAUUAUGGUUUAAUGGAUCCCUAUACUUUAAUGAAUCCUGUCAGCGCUGAUAAACUUUUUAGGCGUUUAAAGUCAAAAAUUAAAACGCCAUACAUAAUUAAAUCAGACAGAAUUAUUUAUGCAAAUGAUGGACAAUUGUUUAUUGAAAAAUUGGUAAAACAAUCGGUAAAAGAUGAUUGGAUUAAUUAUUUGAGAAAUGAUUUGAAUGAUUAUAACAAAAUUUCGACACCUCCAGGUAAAAAAGACAUUCUUAUUUUUUUAAAAAACAUUGGCAGUAAAAAAUAUAUUCAAGGAGCAGAGACAUAUGAAGGGUAUUUAACGAAAUGGACCUUAGGUUGUAAAGAUGUUACAUUUACUCUUGAAGUAUCUGAAGAAAAAUCCGAAGUAUCUAGAGAAAAUAAGCGGGAAACAGUACAUAAAAAAAAGCAACUAAAAGCAAAUAUGUAUGUAAGAAAGUGUAAAGUUCUUAAAAAUGAUGAUCUUGUCAUGGUUACAGAAAAGUGUGUAAUUCUCUGGACAUUUAACCCACUGAAGGGUAUAAGUGUGCAUUAUAUUUGGGGUGUUGGUAAAGACAUUUCAGACGAAUAUUGGGGAAAGAUAUUUAAUGAUCCUUCUUUGCCAGAAAGGUUUCUUCCGCAAUCCGACUUCGAUGGAAUUAUCAAAGAGGCUAAUAUUAAAUCAGAUAAAGAUAUCACCAAUUUAUAUUAUUUGUUAUUAGACAAUUAUAUUAAAGAAAAAUUUUUUUUAGCACGUUUUGGUAAAAUACUUAUGCAGAGAUUUUUAAGCUUAAAUGAGAAGUGUUUUUAUGAAGUACAUGUACAUAAACUUCGUGAUCUAAUUAAUGAUAUUCAAAAUGGUAAAUGGGCAACUUUAGAGAAACCUUAUGUUCCUCCUCCUUUAUUUUUAGAAUUUAUUUAUACAGAAGAUGAAUCUGAAAUCAGUCAAAUUAAAAAAAGAUUAGAAGAUUUAACUAACGAUGAAUCUGAAAUCAGUCAAAUUAAAAAAAGGUUGGAAGAUUUAACUAACGAUGAAUCUGAAAUUAGACAGAUUAAAAAAAGGGUGGAUGAUUUAACUAGUAAUAACUCUGAAAUUAAAAAAAGAUUAGAAGAUUUAACUAAUGAUGAAUCUGAAAUUAGACAGAUUAAAAAAAGGGUGGAUGAUUUAACUAGCGAUAAUUCUGAAAUUAGUCAAAUUAAAAAAGGGUUAGAAGAUUUAGCUAACUUAUUUGUUGAUUUCAAAGAUUUCAAAAAUGAGGUUAUAUCAAAAUUAAACGAAUUAAAGCCAAGUUAG